AUGAAAUUGACUCCCGCAAGCAUAUUGGAGGCCCCGGUUUACUAUGCAGACCACAUACAUGGCAAGUACGACGUCGAUAAGGUGGUUAUUCUCAGAGAUUGCGGAUAUGUGAGCGAGAAUGAGAUAAUGCCACAGACUUUGAAGCUGCUGCCCGAGCGCACGAACAUUGUGGACUUCACAAACAACGAGCUGGAGGAGCUUCCGCCGCUGGGGCAUAACGAUACAGUGCACACGCUGCUUCUGUCACGGAAUAGGCUCGGCCGGCUUGAUGCGUCAAGAUUACCGAGGUACCUGGUAAAUCUCAACCUGGCGAUGAACCGAUUUGAGAAGUUCGAGCAGCUCCAGGGCCUGCGUUCCGCUCCGAAGACGCUGAAAAACCUGAAUCUGCGGGGGAACGUCAUAUGCCACAAGGAACAGUAUCGCGAGACUGUGAUUGCCCUGUGUCCGCAGUUAGCGGUGCUGGACGGGGAGCGGGUACGGCAGGCCGAGCGGCAGGCAGCGCCGCAGAAUGAAAAGACAGAUACACCCACAGAGGGUCCACAGCCCGUUGCUUUGCAGGCGACAUCCGAGAAGGAGUUGCAGCUGAUGGAUCAUGUGGUAAAUAAAAUGGACAAGGAUACACUGGAGGACAUCAAGCAACAGCUCGCCAAGGCCACGACUCUAGCCGAGAUAGAGAGGCUGGAAAAAUUACUCUCCGGGGGUGUGAUACAAUAG